AAAAGAGAAACACAAUGAGAAAAAAAAAAGUUUUCUAUUUUCCUUCUAAAUUUUCCCGAGAAAUUAGAACGAAACACUGAUCGGAAUUGAGGAGCACAAAAACAAACAACACCAUCAGAUCCACAAAUUGCAUUCAUCCCAAUUCUUCAAUCCCAUUCUUUCCUCUGUUUUGCAACAAUAUUAUUAUUAUUAUUUUUUACCGAUCUCAAUUUCCCCUAAAAAUCUGAUUUUCGUUUUCGUAAUGUGGGAAUUGAAAUGGGUUUAGGUUGUUGAUUUUUGGACAGAUUUUGAUAUGGAAAGGGAAAAUUGGAAGGAGAAUAAUAACAGUAACAAUAACAAUAACAAUAACAAUGGUUAUUAUGAGAAUCAAUUGUUGUGUGAUUAUGAUCGAGAAUCAGUUACGAUGCCUUCUUCUUUAUCUUCAUCUCCUCCUAGACUUGGAUAUAUUGAACAUCAUGUAUCCAAAUUUGAUACCUUGGUUGGCAUUGCAAUCAAGUAUGGUGUUGAGGUUACAGAUAUCAAAAGGAUGAACAGCCUUGUUACAGACCAUCAAAUAUUUGCACUUAAAACUGUUCAAAUUCCAUUACCUGGAAGGCACCCUCCAUCUCAUUGUUUAUCAAAUGGUUCCAGUACUCCUGGGCAUGGUAAUUCUACUCACAGUCCACCUGAUAACACGCACCGUGAACUGCUUGAAUCAUUCCAGUCUGUAAGAUUAAAGUCUUCUGACCAGAAGGUCUCCCCAGCCAUGAGCUCAUUACAGGGUUAUUAUGGACUUAAAGUUCCCUCUAAUUCCUCAGAAAAUGGCUCAUCAUCCAAGAACUCGGCUAUGUCUAACCGACCUCUGAGCCGUCACCGAAAAUCCAAAAGUUUGGUCAAUGUUAUCUUGGAAGAGAUUAUGGAAAAGGUUGAUACUGCACCAGCUGCAGAAAACUGGGAACUUAGCUCUGAUAAAUGGAAUGAGAAACUUGUCCAGAGGCGUCAGAAAUCUGAAGCUGACUUUACAAGGAUACCGGAGUUGAUUCUGAGGGAGGAUAAUAGCAGCAGUGGUGGUCUUCCUUCACGAACUGGAAUGGGCUUAGCUCUGAGACAGAAAGCAGCUAGCCGAACCGCAGCAACAAUUGAUUCUGAAUCAAGUGGAUUGGUUCCUGUGCCAAUGACUACAGGGGAUGGUUUUCAAACUGAUUGUUCAUAUGGUGUCAGGAAAUCGUCCAGUACGUCUUGUUUGCAAGAUCAAGAUAACUGUGGCUCCUCAUCCAUUUGGCCGUCCUCGAUGUGGAAUUUGAAACCAGAUUUACAGGCCCUUUCAACUGCAGCCAUUGGAAAACCGAUCUUUGAUGGCUUGCCUAAGCCGAUAACUGGUCGAAGGAAUAAAGCUGCACUUGAUUAAUAUAUAAUAAUUUAUCAAAACAAUUUUGAUCCUUUUUUGUGAGUCAUGGAACCAUUAGCUGCCACACCAAUGGGUAGAUUGGAGAAGUAGAACAAUGUAGCAUGGGAAAAAAAAAUCAAACUUCAGAUUUUAUCUAUCACUGAAUAGGGCAAUGUUUUUUAUGCUAGAAAAUACUUCCAAUUUAUUUAUUUUUAAACAGUAUUGGUGCCCUUGUGGCCAUAAAUGUAGGAAUGAGGAUCUUAAACAUUACCAUUCACCCAUUUUUUGUAUAGUCAUAGUGAUACUUUUAGGAAAUGGAUUUCGUCUUAGUCACUAAUAAAGUUCAGAUGAUUGAGAUUUUAUUUUCUCAAAUUUUCAAAAUUAUGAUGUAAGUCAUCAGAUCUCAAUCUAACAAGUUAGAUUGAUUGACUAUUGACUAAUAUCACAAGGAAAUUCCAAUCACUUGGAGUUUGGGUCCAUUAUUUUUGGGGUUUGGGCACCAUAGAUCUUUAAGGUGGCAGGUAAAUGUACUGGUUUGACAUGUGUCUACUCUUAUUGAAUACAAGUUACAGGUA